UGCAGAAUACCGGAUCGUGGUCCAAACCACUGCCAAAACUGUAUCCCAGACUUAAAAAAGUGCUGUGUCCCCCCACCCCCACCCCACGUCAGCCAUUCUGCACCCGGCGUUCAUUUAAUAUGAAGCUUGUCUAACGGAAGGAUGUUUCUCCACACCCGCUCCCCUCUGCGUGCAUAAAACUUUCUAAUGAAAUCCCCACACGCUUUUUGACAAACAUCUGAUAUUUUUUUUCCUCCUUAAGAAGGAUUCUGCAAUUUCACCUGCGUUUUUACUGAACAGAAAGCUUCAGAACAUGGAGCCCACUUCCACAGAGGGAGGACCUGAAGAGACACCUCUAAAAACUCAUCCUCCAAGUCCACCUCACAAAGUGAUACUCAAACAUGGCCAAGAGUUGGAAGAAGAACAGGAAGAGUUGGCGGAGCACCAGCCUUUGGAACAGGAAGACCUAAACUUUGAGAGAUGGAAGCGCAGGCCGCUACCCAAGAGGACGCUCCACCAGAAAAUCGACGACUUGAAGAAAUACCUGUGGAAUGCAGAGACCAACGAAUUCAUGGGUCGCUCUGGAAAGAGCUGGAGUGAGCUCAUCCUGCUGUUCUAUGCUGCCCUUUACAUCUUUCUGGCAGCCAUGUUUGGCGGCUGCUUUUGCUCAUUGUGGUCGAUUAGUCCGUACCAUCCAACGUUUAAUGACAGAGUGAUGCCACACAGGUAUGACGUGGCCCCACACCUAGAAGGUCACGAGAUUGCCUUCAACGCCUCGGACCGUAUCUGGAAGAAGUAUGCAAGGUCAAUGGAUGAACAUCUAAGACCAUAUAACGAUUAUGCUCAGGGUAGGAAGAAUAUUCCCUGCUCGCAGGACAGGUACUUCAUGCAGGAGGACUUGGAGGAGAACGCAGCGCGGAAGGCGUGGUCAGUUCAACAGUCUUGGUUGGGGGAGUGUUCUGGGCUGCGGGACCCUCACUAUGGCUACUCUAAGGGAAUGCCAUGUAUCCUCCUUCGAAUGAACCGGAUUCUUGGCUACCUCCCUGGUCAAGGCAAACCAGUAAAUGUGACUUGUGGAGUUAAGAAAGGAACACCGGAAGCUUUAGGAGAAAUCCAGUUUUCUAAAAGCUUUUUUGACCUGAAGUAUUAUCCAUACUAUGGGAAGCUUAGACAUGUAAAUUAUUCGUCGCCGGUGGUGGCCGUGCGCUUUGCAGGACUGCAGCGUGACACACACAUUCAAAUACAAUGCAAACUCAACGGCAAGGGCAUCAUCAACGAUCGCCCACUGACGUACCUGGGCAGUGUGACCUUCUCCUUGGAGGUCGGAGCAUAAGACGCUUCAAUGAAAAUGAAGCAGGAAAAUAUAAGAAUAAUAUGUUGAAACCAUUAUGAUACAUUACAUAUGAAAGUUCACACUCCCAGUCUUUCAUUUAAAUAUACGUUCGUACCCUUGCGAGCAAAUCCUUAAGCGUGAAGUCAGUAUUUCUCUGCAGUUCUUGCAUUUCCUGCUGUGUUUAUGCAUAAGAUACAGACAGUAUUGAGCACAAUUAGAAUGGGUUACAGUUCCAUCUCCAAUAUUGUGAAUAGGAAAUUAAUCACAUUAAAUUAUACACUGCCCAAUAGUUUAACAUUUUUUGACUAUGCAAAUUCAUUGUGCCCUAAAACAUUAAUAGGCUUUAGAAAUACAGUGGAUAGAAUGUUAUUAUUUGUGUGAUACCAGUGUACUAAUUUGUUUUGCAGAUUUUUCAUGCAUGUACAUUUCCAAAUAGGUAUCAUGUGAAAUGCAGAAGGACUUGUACUAUAAUUACACAGUAAAAAAGGAAGAAAAAAGAUGAGUACGAAAUACACUAUUACUAUAUUUUGUUAAAUAGAGCAAUGUUCUAAAUUUAUGAGGAAAAAACCCAUCACACACCACUUAUUGUCUUUUUUGUAAAAACCUUUGCUUUUGCAAAUGAAACUACAUCAGACUGAUCAAUAAACAGACAUGUUGUACUGAGAAAUAGUUUGUGAAAAGGUCAAGAUUGUUUUAAAAAUUUAUAACUAGUUUGUGAUAACAUUAAUCCCGCCUGAACUGUGCUACUAAACUUUGUAUUCAUGUUGUAUUUAUUCCUAUUAUAGUUCUUAUAAUAAAUACAUGUUCUGAUAUGUACUUAC